CAAAUAAUUUUAUAAUGCUGCAAUAUAGCUUCCAGCUCUGGGGCAAAUGAGACAAAAUAAAUAUAAUUUUAAAUUGAAGUAAGGAGGCCUAGAGUGGCCUGGACCUGUAAUUUAUUAUUUUUCUGUCACUCAUGAUCACCCUGUCUCAAAAAUGUGAAAUACGUGGUCGUAAUAAUUUUUAAUCCAAAUAAUGUCACUAAACUAAUAGCACUUGUACCGCUUUGACUAUGUCUAUAUGUGUAAUGUGGUUGUGUAGACUAGUAUUAGUAUAGUAGUCGUAAAACAAAUGACUGACUCGACUCAAAUGGAUGGGAUAGGGCAGGCCGCUGCAGUGUUAGUGGCUAGUGUUAUUCAUUAACUCAAACUAAAGUUUUGAGUUUAAGUCAAGCACUCAAUUACUUAAAUUUAACUACCAGUAAGGGAUGUAGGUAGGUAGGCAAACGAUUUCAAAUUGAAAGCACAAUAUUACUAAUAGUAAUGCCAUUCAAUUCAUAAAAAUUAAUAUAAAUCAGGAGAGUUGACGUUCUUAUAAAUCUCAAGGAUACAGAAAUAGAGGAAAUUCAAAGAUUAACUUUGAAGAUGAUGUCAGAAAGCCAAGAUGCAGUUGAAAUUUGUAAAGAAGAUUGAGGUGGAAAAAACAUAAUGAUGAUCAAUGAUGUAGAAUAUACUAAUAUACUAUUGAAGUAUUGGCGAUUAAAGAGAAAAAGAGAAACAAAAUGGAAUAAGAAUCAACCUUCAAACAGGGUGCGUUUGAGAAGUAGCAACUGAAUUCCAAAACUUUCAUGAAUUAUAGAUAGUAUUUAAUUUUUAGGCCCUGCAAAAAUGGCAUGAAAACAUCUUGAAUCCCGUAGUCGUAGUCAUCUGUAUCAGUAUCGAUAUAUUUAAAGCAUCAAAACACAAAAUUUCAGCAAGAAAGAGGAGAGGCUAGACCAAUCAUACAAUUUUGGGAGAAAUGUAUGUCAUUAGUCAAUGAUCAAAUUUUUAAAAAUGAUAACCAAGAGUAGUAUCAACACCCAAAUUAUUCAAUUUUGAAAUUAUCAAAAUAUUGUUUGAAAAAAAUUUUGUUUAAAGAAAUUAUCCAAUUAAUUAGUGCCACCACAUCUUACUCAAAGAAAUACAAUGUCAAUUUAUAAAGUUCAAAUUUUAUAGUUCAUCUAAUGUCUUUGCUUUUAUCAAUGUUUUAUCUUUAUUUCACUUGUUUUAAAAAUUAUAUGCCCUUUAUUAAAUGACAAGUAAACUGAUAAUUUCUUUUAUACCUGUGUGUAGUAUUUUUUCCAAAUUUCCUCUCAAUUUUAUAUCGUUUGUUGAUAAAAUUAAAAUAAACCUACUAAUUAUUUUACAAUAUUCGAAUAAAAUAAACAAUUCACUCAAUAGCGAUAUCAAUAUGAGUCAACGUGCAUGCUCUCAUUGCUAAAAAAGCACGCUUACCAGGAGGUUAAUAUUAUUAGCCUAUAUAAUAAUAAUAUACCGGUAUAGGUAUAUCAAUAAACUUUCAUGCAUCUUUCUAUGCAGGUCGUAAAAUGGCAAAAAAAAUGUGUGACCUACUUUUUGAAGAAGUUUUUUUAUUUUAUUUUGGUAAAUAUCCCCAUGCAUCAAUAUUUAAAAAUAAUAAACAAUGUUAUUCAUAAAUCAAUGCUGUAUUAAUCGGUUUCUGCAUACGUCACUAUAAUUUACUUUACCAAGUGACGCAGCUAUCACAGGCCAUUUGACAAAAGCUAUUCGUACUUAAUUACUUUCUUUAAAUCACUAAAAAGGCUAAUAUUCACCCUAUAGAUUAUUUACAUUUUUACACUGCAGUCUACACUUAACUAACAUUUACUAACAAAAUUAUAUUCUGUCUACACACUAUAUUACUAAUUAUUACACAGUCAGUGACACUAUAGUACAUAGCACAGUCAGUGAGUCACUCUGUAAUCUGUACUCCCUUACUCUGUCUACCUGAUCCACAGUUACACAGAGUAGUCUUCAGUAGUAGCAGUUUGAGUUAAUCUAGUCUAAAGUCUUUAAGAGAGUGAAGGAAUUCAAAAACUCAUAUUAGGUACUGUAUUCUAAAUGAUAAUUUCAUAAUGAAAUUAAAUAAAAUUCAACUACCUCCCUAACUAAAUAGAGCUUGGCUUAAUAAGAAGAGAACUAAAAAUGUUAAUUCUCUAUCCCCAAUCUUAUGAAUUUUUUUAAACUCUGGAACAGUAUCAAAAUUUUCAGGACUCAAAAAGUGUAGUUUUGACACUGGCUAUCUUCUAAAAUAACCAAGUUGUAACUUUCAAAUCUCUUGCACACACAGCCAGUCAAAAUAUAACAAACUCAAUUUUUUUUAGGGUUGUCAAAAAGACGUAAAUAAAAAAUUUGUUCAUACAAAAAUGAGCCAAAGCACAAUUUGACAAUAUGAAAAGGGAGCCAGUCUGUUUUAGUUCAUUUUUAAAAAAUCCUAAACAAUUAUAAAAAAUUAACUCAAUGAGUUAGAAAUAAUAUUUUUAGAUACAGGUAAUGUGAAAGAAAGUUUGAAGUUUAUUAUUGUGAAAUUAACCAGCAGAGGAUAAAUUAAAUUAUAACUAGAAUUAUCUUAACUAAGCAUGUUCACACAAAAAUAGAGUUUUAGAAAAUUUUUUAAAAAUCACAGAAAUUAACCAAGUCAGAUUAGCAAAAUAAACUUUUCACCAUAUUGUAGAAACCUAUUGUGUUUUAAUAGAAACUGCAAGUGUUUUAAACAGGCUUCGGUUAAAAAAUAUGAAAAAUGCGUACCGGUAAGAAAUAUCCCCCUAAAAGGUACUUUCAAACCCAAAAAUUGAAAAUUUACAAUAUAAUAAAUUUGUAUAAAAAAUUGUAAUGGAAAGCUGGAUUUCUGAACUGGCAGUGAAAAUUGUCUUGAAAAAGUAGAUAAGCCUGAAAUAGAUAAGUUAUAUAAAGUCUGAUUCCUCUGUUUGCAUGUCUGUAUGGGUCUGGGAAUAUUUCCUUUCACUGGUUUCAGGCCAAAGUUCCGCAACCCAUACACCAACAACCUGUGAAAAAGAAUAUUUAUAUCAUGAUUUUAAUUGCAAUAUUUAACUUACCAUUUAUAAUCAUGGAUUGCUAGCAAUGUAGUAACUAACAAAAUGCACAAAUAACUAAUCAUAUUACUUAGUCCGGUACCCAUACUAACUUGCGCCAUUGCUUAAAAUCUUGUCAUCAUGUCCAUAUUUUUGCUGACAAUCUGUUUUGGACUUCAAACCAGUGGUUCCCAAACUUUUCUAUUCUCAGCCCUCUGGCUGAAACAAGGUUUUGUCAAAAUAAACAAUUAUAUAGGGAAUAUUUUUUUGUAAACUCAAGUGUUAGGUAAAAGUAAAUAAGACAGAUAAUUAAGAUCGCAAACUGUAAUCAAUAACCAUAAGAGCCUUCUCCAAACAGUAUUUACAUAGUGAGUACUGGUUUUGUCCUGUUAGAUGUCUCAUCCCAUCGCAAUGAAAAUAAAAUUAUCAGGCACUCCUGUGAGGAAGCUGGUGCUUCCCAGGGUGCAGCGUCACAUAAUUUGGGAACCACUGGUGUUCCCAGUAAUUACUUGGUUUGAGUAUGCAUUAUAAAGCUUAAGAUAAACUUCAUUUAAACAUAUUUCAAAUACAAUUUUAUUGCUUAUUAAUGUUUUAAUAACUUAACAGUCUAUAUUUGCUUAAAAUAUCAUUCAUUAUAAUUUAAAAAAAAAUUAACAUGUUCAUUAUUGCUUCCAAAUAUUCGUAAGACUCAUAGUUGUUAUUUUUGUUUAUUUUUGCUAUUUUUUAAAUUUAACUAUUAAAUGUUGCUCUACUACUACUAGAUGUUUUAAGCAUUUGUUGUUUUCAGAAUAUUAAUAAUAAUAACCCGCUGAUGCCAUUUUGUGUUUUCCUUUACAGAAUUGAGACCAAAUAAUCAGCUAUGAACUAUGUUGUCCUACAUCUCUAACAAACAUUUCAACAAUAUUGUUUCUCAUCCAUCACUGACAUACAAUGGCAUCGCCCUCCUCCUGGUUCACCACAGAGAUCCAACAGAUGAUGUUUGGCUUUGGAGACAGCAAACACCCUUUGCAAGAGACAGCUGUUCUGGUGGAGGAAAUUGUGCACCAGCAGAUGAUGUCCAUGAUCCUGCAAGCCAACGAAGUGGCCAUCUCUAGGGGAGACAAGCAGAUUUCUAUCGAAGACAUUCUAUUUCUGUUAAGAAAAGACAAGGUGAAGUUGAAGAGACUCAUCAAAUACUGCGAAGUGAGAGAUCUGAAAAAUGUCAUAAAGACAUCCUUAGCAACAGGUGAAGAGAGCCAAUUGGACUCAGCCAUUUUACAAUCUCCAGAAAAGGCAACAUGUGACAAGAAGUUAAUGGGUAAAAACAGGCUGAUUUGUUAUGAAUUCCUAUCAUCUAUAGACCAGACUGGUGAGCUGCUGGCCUUGUUUGGGGAUACAGAGACUGACGCAGUGAAACAUGAGAGAAUGGUGAGAGCCGAGUUGCAGGCCCAAGGUAUGGACUCGCAGCAAUACUUUGAAUUUUGUAAGGCAAGGCAAGCCAACUUUAGUCGCCGGUAUAACAAAUCACAACGUUUCAAGGACUGGCUGCAGUUGAAACUCAGCCCUGAUAUUAUCAUGAAUCCCACAGUCCUUGAAAUCUGCAGCUAUCUGGCUUAUGAAACUGUGGCGCAGAUUGUAGACCUAGCUCUUCUGGUCAAGCAAGACAUGAGAUCAAAACCAGGUGAUCUUCUAAGUAAAACACACCCACCUUUAUGUGUAAAUUACUCAGAGAUGUAUGCUAACAGUAUUUACAACAAAUAUGAUGGUACUAGUCAUGAGCAGACCCCUACCAAUGAUAUCAGCAAUCAGACACAAAUCAAAACUGCAGUUGGGGGAGCAAUUCAAAUAACUCAGGGCAAACUGAAUAAAAAGAAGAGGAAAAAGACUGAUCCCCCCUUGACUGUAGAGCAAUCCUGGGACACAACAAUCUUACCCUCAGAUGUGAGAGAGGCCAUGCGAAGGUACUAUUCUGACAUAGGUCCCUUCACAUCUCAGAUGAAAAUGAACCAAAGGUGUUCUGUAUGGUAUAAAACUCUGUGCGGUUAAUCAAGGCUAAUUUUCUUGUAUUUGUAUGUUGCAUUUUAUAAAUAGAUUGUAAUGUUCCUCUUCAGGUACAAGUUUUUUUUUUACCCACCUAUUCUGUUACCUGCAUCGCUCAAUCCUCAUUUCUUUUUUAUUUGUUUUUAAAAUAGUUGAAAUAUGAAAAGAUCCAGGAG